UUUUUGGUAACCCAAAGAACCAACGUCUACGCUGUACGUCUGAGGAGACGGAGUCAGAGGGCGAGAGAGAGAGAGAGAGAGAGAGAGAGAGAGGAGUAGGCAGAAGGGAUGAAGUUCGCCGUGAAGGCAUGGAGCAAGGGAAGAGCAAGGGCAGGUGUUAUACAGUUUGUUGUUGGCAGCAGCAGCAGAAGCAACUCGCCCUUACACCCAACGGAAAUAGAAAUAGAGACACCGGCUCUCCUCCUCUCCACUCGCAAAGGGUUACCAUUUUUCAUCUCCCCUGACCUCCUUCCCUCCCUCCCUUCUCCUGAUUCCCACCUCCUCCAGUUUAGCCCCCUUCACUUCUUAGAGGGCAUUACCCCAGAAACAAUUUCAGCUAUCGGAGGGCUGCACGAGAUGGUUGGUUUGCAUGAAUAUGGAUUUGCAGCUGUUCCAAGGGAUUCUAUUGUAUGUAUUCCUCAUUGUGAUGGCACAAACAAGUUGGGAGCAUCUUUUGAAACGCCCUUUGGUCGCAUAUUGAUAAAACCUUCAGAGUACAUGAAAUUUAUUUCUUCUAUGAAGCCAAAUUCAUGGACCACUUUAGCUGAUGAAGUGCCUGCAUGGGUUUCUGAGAAGAGGAACAAAACCUCAGUAGACCGAACUGUAAGGUGGCUUGAUGAUUGCAUUGCAUUAAGCUCGAAAGGUGGGAAUAUUUUUGGUGCCAUUGUCGGAGGCUCUAGUGUGGAAGAACGGCGGCGAAGUGCUCAGGAAGUAGCUAAGCGAAAUGUAUCAGGUUACUGGAUUGGUGGGUUUGGGCUUGGUGAGAGCAUGGACGAUCGCUCUCCUCUCCUUAAUGCUGUUACGGAUUGUUUACCGGAGCAAAAGCCACGGCAGAUUUGUGGCCUUGGACUUCCAGUGGAGGUCUUGCAGGGAAUCGACUCUGGAGUCGACCUCUUUGACGCCUCGUAUAUUUACAAUCUUACAACCGGAGGCUUUGCACUUACGUUUCCAUUGGAAAGAAUUGUGCAAAAUGUUUCAGACUCUCAGCUAAGCAACAAGGGAAGUGAUGGAACAAAGAUUAAUCUGAACGACGCGGUUUACAGGAAAGAUAAUUCCCCUAUCGUCGAUGGCUGUAGGUGUUACUCCUGUCAGAAUCAUACAAAAGCUUACAUUAGUCACCUGCUCAACGUUAAUGAAAUGUUGGCUCUGAUUCUGCUAGAAAUCCACAAUACCCACCACUAUCUGGGGUUCUUUCGUGCAAUUAGAGAAGCGAUUAAGGGGGGAAAGUUUGAGGAAUUCCGGCACCAUUUCAUUGAAGAUAGUCGCGACCAUAUUUUUGCAGCAGCUCUUAGUGCAUGAGUUGUAUUCAUUUUUUUCGCGAUAGCACCUCGAAGAGGUCAAGCCAUGUUGGAGCCCAAGGUAGAAGAAAACGGGAAAGAGUGUAUCCUACGGCUUAUGUUUACUAAUUCAUUUGGGCCACCCCAAACUAAUUUCCGCUUUGAAUCGAUGUUAUGUGACGAUUAUUUUUGGAAUUUGUUGAUGCAUUUGGCAGUAUGACACGGGGAUAAUUUUGAAUCCGAUCCUGUAAUGGUUAUUGUUUUAUGGUUUUGGUAACGAAAUCCUGCAUUAGUGGAUCUCGGAUUUGUUGAGAGAACACAAGGUGAAAUAUUGUACUUUGACAUGUAUCCUUUUAUUGAUGUAACAGUAGUUACAAUAAUAGUUACAGUACAAACAAGUGGAUUUAUGACAAAAAUGUUAAGAAUGGACAUUUUUAACUCUGCUUUUGGCCA